AUGGCAUUGGAACACAAAUCACUAGUUCGACCGGACAUCCUCCCAAGUGGUCACUGUAUCCCUCAAAAUACUAAAAUAAUCCUAUUCUUUUACUCUACAGGAAGGAUGAGGAGAAUAUGGGGCAAAGAUUGUUUAGAAUUCAAGCCGAAGAGGUGGAUUUCCAAGCGCUAUGGAAUAAAGCACGAACCGUCAUUCAAGUUUCCAGCGUUCAAUGCUGGCCCAAGAACCUGCAUUGGCAAGGAGAUAUCUUUUGUGCAAAUGAAAAUAGUGGCAGCAACUAUGAUAUAUAAUUACCAUGUUCAACUGGUGGAAGAUCAAUCAGUUUCUCCUAGUGAUUCUAUCAUAAUUCAAAUGAAACAUGGUUUAAAGGUCAAAUCUGGGAAAUCUGUUCUUAUUUCGGGCAAAGGUUCAAAUCGUUACGAUUUGUGCCUCAAAUCUAACUCUGAGCAUAAACAAAGAAGAAUCCAGUGCGGAACUGCUGAGAAGUAUUCAUAA